AAAAAAACCCAAACACAGAAAAGCCCAAACCAGCACCAGCAAAAUCCCAGAAUGAAUAAUGAAUGAGUCUUGUUCCAGAAGAGAGCUCUUAGUAGGAUUAACCCCCCUCCUCCCAAAAAUUAUCUCCUUUAUAUGCUGAGAGAAAUGAUCGUUGGCUAUGGUGUCAGCCCCUGAUCAAGCAAACCCCCAAAAGCCAGGCUCUGAGCGUUUACUGUCCACAAGUCUGCAUGCUAUCAGAUCCUUUUGCUUCAGUAAACUGACAAUUUAUUUUCUGUUUUCCUGUAAGUCUCCUGAGGAGGUGCUAUAUCCACAGCUAUAGUUUGAUUAAUAUGACUCAUGGGCCAUCCAGCAUGGAUCUGAGUGGAUUUGAAGGUCUGGGAGCUGGUGGAGGGCUUUGUCUGGAAUGGGAUGCUAGGAGCAUGUGAUUCCUACCAAGGGAUGAUGUCAGAUGGGGUUAUAUAUCUACAAAGGCUCUUUAAUGCCUGUUUGCUGAAUAGCUUUUCUUUGAGCUCUGCAGGACAGCUCUGAAUUCCCAUCUGAUACUAAAAAUUUAAUCAUAUGUAAAAGAAACUGUCAAUCUAUCACAGCAGACAUGGAUUGAUGGUGGUUGCCUUUGUUCUAUUUAAAACAGCAUCUGCACACAACUGUACAUCUGGGAACCUGGAGCAUCAUUUUUAUAGGUACGUAUGAUAUUUUAUCUGCACAAGAAUGAUAUAUCAUAACCGAAACCUGAGCUGGAAAUUCUUUUUAUUUCUCCACAUUGUUCUACUAUAAAGUACUACUGUAAGGCUGCCCAGAACAUAAAGGUAUAACUUUUCACUUAAAGGAAACCCCACAAAUACAUGCCUUCUCCUCAGCUGCAGUUAGCCAUAUGUGUAUGCUUAAACUGAAAAGUGGCAUCUUCCAGCUGGUGGGUGGCCUGUGAUGAUGGAGCGUUACUUCUGUAGUACCUUGUACUGCCUGCUGCUUCGAAGGUUAUUUUGAGCAAAAUUUUUUUGGCCUGAUAUGUAGGAAAAAUAGGGACAGCACAUUAGCAAAAUAAUUCCCGUAUCAGUACAACCUGUCCCUCUGCAGGAAGGUUUUCUGAGUAAAGCUCCAGUGUUUUCUCUCCAGCGUGUACAGCUCUGCUUCCCUUACAAGCCAUCAUGAAUGACAUCCAUGUAAAAUCUUUAUUAUUCUGGAACAAAAAAUGUUUUGAAGAAAGCAGGUGAGCUUAAUCCGUAUACUUGGAAGUUUGGCCACCUCAGGUUGCUGUGCAUGUAAUAGAUCCAACCAAGUAAUGCCUUUUCUCCUCUGCUGCUCUCAUUGCAAGGCAAUUCCACAACUCUCUCCCUGUGGUGGUUACACAGCUUCUCAUUUAUUCAUGGCCAAUUUAGGCCAAUUUGUUUUUUUGGAAGCAUCAACCUUUACCAAUACAUUAAGAGGGGAAAGAGUGCCUGAAACUAGACAGCAGUCAGAUUUUCCCCUUUGGUCUCAUUUAAACAAGUGAAAUCCUUUUAGUGUCCUGCCAUACUAUGGAUUAGCUAUACCUGUGGUCAUCCCUUGAGUCCUUUUCUGCAUCUCUUCAGGGCCAGGGAAUCGGUUUGGCCAGAACUGUACAGAAGGGAUCGCAUGUGAGUCUGGUACAAGAGUUUAUGUCUGCCUUCACUGCUAAUGUAGACCACAACUGCACUUUUCUUUUUGCACUGGUGACACAGGAUUGUCCUACUAAGGUCUUGUAUACUCAGGUCUCCUUCCUCUGUUCUUAUUAAAUAAGAUUGCAGGUUAAAUACUAAUUGAUUAUCUCUGUAUAAAUGUCUUUGUGCUUUUGGGCUGCUAGGUUUCACCAGAGCUUCACCAAGUCUGCUUGUGCUUUCCUAAGGAUUUCUUUUUUCCCAGAGAAUUCAGAGUAGGCACUUCUGCAGAACCCUCCCCACCCUGUGGUGGACCCUUUUCUCCUGGAUGCAUUUGUGACACUUUUCUUGAUCCUGAAAUUUCUGGCCAUUGAAGGAAGUUUUGCAUCUGGCAGAAGUAACAUUGAAGAACCUUUCAGCUGGCUCUUAGUGCCGUUACCUUCUGUGUGUGAGAGGCAAAUUGCUUAGACCUGCUGUGCUGCUCUCCUGCUCUUUCCCUCAGACAGGCUUCCGGUUUAUUUACACACAUAAAGGAAAUUUUAACAUAACCACUGUUAUUACAAAUUACUUUGUCCAGUUACAAAAUUCACCCCGCUGCUGCUUAUUGCCCUAACAUUGCUGGCUCCUGCUAUGUUUAACUCCUGGUCACUCACUCGACAAGAGCAAGUUGCUCUUUCCCUCCCCUGGAGCUGCCCAUUCUAAAGAAUUUGCUGUAAAAGCAAGGUCCCUUGCUUGUCCUAGAGGUCUCCAGAGGAAACAAUACCUUUGAACAUUAAAAAAACGUGAGAUAAAGACCUCUCUUUUCUCUUGGUCUGCACAGGAUAAAAAGAAGUAAAGAAUCAAAGAAAAGAAUCUGCUUUUCCUCACUGCAGGUCACUGCAAUCAGAUCUUUGAAUCACUGAUGCACUACAAUGGCAGGGGCACCGGAUCAUUCUAUACAGGAGCUCUGUGGUUUUUCACUGCACAUUUAUAAAUUAAGGUGAUACUCUUGGGCCCAGAAUCCUUGUUAUCCUUUGUGCAAGACAGAUAACUCCAGGGAACUUUUCCCUCUCCUGGCUAUGAUUAGUAUUUUCUUCUCAGUGCAGUAUGUUGAAUGGUCGCUACAGCAUUAAUGCUUCUUCUCUUCUGCAACUGUGUUCAAAAGUUGGGGCUCAGGUGAGAUGGAGGCAGUAUCUGCUGCUCUCCCCUCUUCACCCUCCCCCUUAAUGUCACCCUGAGAUGGGCUUUGAUGCUGCUCAGGACAUAUCCUGUCUGGGACCAAAGGCCAGUCAAAGCCAGGGUAAUAGUUAAGUAACAAAGCACUGAGUUUGCUGACUCUCCAAUCUAGCAAUCAAUAGUGACUUUUAUCAGGGACCUGCAUCUAUAAUCUCUCUAAUACCAAAUGCAGCCUGUGAGCUUGAGGCAGGCUGUCUGCGUUUCCUCUAUUUAAGAUGCUUUGCAAGUGCCUGUGACCAUACAAAAUGAAGUGAACCUAUGUCCUGUGCUGUGAUCUAGCCUGUGGCAAGUUCCCAGGCUUCUGAUCUCCAGGAAUAAGAAAGGACUGUGUGGCUGCACUGUGUCACUUCUGAAUAACUGCAUUGGGAAGAGCUGACAGUUAGCAAGUACAGCAUCAAAAUCGAUACAUGCAGGAUGGCACAGGUUAAAACACAAGCAGAUGCUUCACAGCAUGCGUCUUUAUUGGUUAUAUAAUACCCCAAAACUCCAGAUGCUCUACCAGGUACAAUGAAGGCAGUUUUUCCCCAUAUCCUAAUCAUGGAUGGAAGGCAGUGUGCAGGAAGGAACGAUCUGAUGCCAAUGUACCUUCCUGUGGGCAUUAGAAAAAAUGGGUUCUUUUGGAGGACUGUUUGUAUUUCUGCAGGGAUGGAUGGUUUCAAGAGAGGAGCAAGGACCUAAGGAACCAGAAUAAAAAGCUCGCAGUGGGAGUACUAAACAGCAGAUGAAUGGAGACUUAUGUGAGCUGUGUGACAUAUUCCUAUGUCCUUGUUCUAUGGCCAAGAAGGAGCUUGUACCAAAGAAGCAGGGCAGAGACUGUGCUUGCCACAUCUCCAAGAUGCAGCAAGGCAUGGAGGCAGGCAGAAUUCUAUGUUCUAGGUUUGAUCAGCAAUGGCCCUUUAAGGCUGAGCAGGACGUGCAGCAUGGACACUGCCCAGCUGAGCCCAGCAGCCACGUGAACUGUGUGUGAUGGGCAGUGCUAGGCUGGCACAGAAAGAGCUUCCCAAUGGCAAAGGGAAUCUGAUAGAAAUUGUUGGCUCCCACCCUGUCUGCCCCCCUUUUCCUUGGGACAAAUGAGAAGAACCUGUCUCCCAGUGCAAGAUUUUGAGGGUACAUGUCAGAGUAAGAGAUGCCUGACAGUAAAACUUCCAGCUCGCCCUGAUUUCUGCCUGGGAUACUGCAAUGUCAAGUGAAAUAACCUUCCAAGCUGGCUCUAGUGCAGAGGUAUUUUGCUUUAUGCUAUUGCUAGGAGCUUUCUCUCUGAGCUCUCUCUGCUUCUCUGUGUUCCUGAUCUCUGGCUCUUCGCUCCUUUUCUUUUUUCCUUGGGCUGGGAUGUGUGCUGUCUGCAGUGCAUCAGGAAGUAAUACACAAUGAGGAAACUCUCAUCAUCUGUGCAUCAGGGGGAGAUUUACUGACUGAGUGCUGAGCAGUCAAGUUAUUGAUUCAAACCAUAGCCCGGUCUCUCCGUCUGCCUCUUGGAGUGGCUGGUUACGUCCUUCUGGUUCACUGCAUUUAAUCGGAUUCCCUGAGCUGCCACGCAGAGGGGGAGAGUUAGAAUCAGAUCCAUCUAUGAUGUUUGCUUCAAAAUCCAGUUCUGUAUCCCCUUCUCCAUCCAUGGAGCAGACAGAUUCCGAUGCUCUGGACAUCAGCACCAAAGUGCAGCUUUACGGUGUGCUCUGGAAGAGACCCUUUGGGAGGCAAUCGGCCAAAUGGUCCAGGAGCUGUUCUUCAGCAUUUUUGAGAGCUAUAGAGAUUCAGACCAAAUUGAAGCUAAGUCAAGUAAGAUAUCUCCCCCCUCUACCACUGCCUGCAGGGUUCUUCAUCAUUAAGGAAAGUUUCCUCCUCUACUAUGCUGAGAGUGAGAAGAAGAGUUUUGAAAGCAAUAAAUACUUCAAUAUCCACCCCAAGGGUGUCAUACCAUUGGGAGGCUGCGUCGUGGAGCCCAAAGAAGAGCCCAACAUGCCUUAUGCCAUAAAGAUCUCUCAUGAAGACUUCCACGGUAACAUUGUUCUAGCAGCUGAAUCAGAGUUUGAGCAGGCUCAGUGGCUGGAGAUGCUACAGGAGUCUGGAAAAGUGACCUGGAAGAAUGCUCAGCUGGGAGAAGCUAUGAUUGAGAGCCUGGAAGCACAAGGACUGCAGCUUGCCAAGGAGAAGCAGGAAUACUUAGAUAAGCUAAUGGAAGAAACAGAAGAGCUGUGCCUGCAGAGGGAGCAAAAAGAGGAACUUGAGCGUCUGAACCAGGUGCUGGAAGCAGAGAAGCACCAGUUUGAAGAGGUGGUACGGGAGCUGCGGCUGGAGCAGGAACAGAUUAGACGGGAGCUGGAGCUCACAGCCCGCUCCCUUAAAGGAGUGGAGGAAGAAAAGAAAGUGUUGCGAAGCCUGACACAGUCCUUACAGAAAACUCUAGAGGAGCUAUCCCUAGAAAAGCAGCAAAUGCUGGAGAUGCUGGAAGAAAAUGAGAGCCAUCUCCCACCUCCAACCAGCCCCAGGAAGGAGCAAAGCCCCAUCUGGGGACUGCAUUGCAGCCUGCAACAGAUUGAAGAGAAGAUGCAGCAGCUUCUGGAGGAGAAGCUCUUGGCAGAGAAGAGGAUGAAGGAGAAUGAGGAGAGGUCCCGAGCACUGGAGGAGGAGCGGGAGUUUUACUCUUCCCAGUCACAAGCAUUACAGAACUCACUCACAGAGCUGACUGCAGAGAAGCAGCAGACAGAGAGAGACCUCAAGGUAUCCCCUGCUGAGGUGAAGGUGCGCAUGGAUCUGGAGAAGAGACUGAGAGAAGCUGAGGAAGCAUUGCAGAGCUUGGAGCAAGGCUUAAAUUCCCUGGAUUGCAACAAGGAGAAAGAGGAGAAGAUGAAAGCAGAUGUCAGUAACUUGAGAAAGUUCUUUGAAGAGUGCAUCCGCAAUGCUGAGCUGGAGGCCAAGAUGCCUGUGAUCAUGAAGAACUCUGUGUACAUCCACAAGGCUGCCACUCGUCGCAUAAAAAGCUGCCGCUUCCACCGCCGGAGAGCCAGUGCUUCGUGGAAUGACUUGAAGCAAUCCCAGUCCUUCAUCUUCUCGCAUGCAGAAGCUGAAAACAUUGAGGAGCUGAAAGAAGCAGCCAAAAGACUGAGCCGGGACCAGCACUUCAGGGAAACUCUCUAUCAGAUCAUGAGGAAAUGGCUUGCUGCACACCCCCAGUCAACCAGCACUUUGGUGAGGCACAUUUCCUGGCAAGUUUCCUGAAGACCGCAGCAGUCCCAGCCUCCCAAGCACAGGCAAUAAUAUCACACACAGGGCAGCCUCUUGAUGCUACACCCUUUCAAGCAAAUGGUUACAACACAAGGUGAAGACAACCUGAGGAUGCUGAGGAUUUCGCUCCGAGGAGGAUCAUGUGCAGAGAGUUUAUAGGUAACUCAGUGGCAUCAAUACAAGCUGGAGGGGUGUUGUGUUGUGUUGACUGUGGGCAAAAUAUCCUGGGGCCACGUUUGCGCUUGUUUUGUACUGGGAUGUGUGGCUGUGUCACUGCUGGAAGGAGGAACAAGGGUAUGUGCUGCGGAAGGUGUUGUCUGUGGGCAGGUUCAGUGUGGAGGAGCCUUUGACGUGGCUCCGAUGACUUCCUCACCACCUCUGUAAAACAAGCUGGAGGACAGGUGGGUGAAAAGUGUCCAGCAACAAACCCCAUGACUGCUUGGAGAAUUAAUCAUUGUGAGAAGAGAGCUGUCAGGGCUAUGGAGGUGGGGAAAAUAAUCUCUGUAUGUGUUGCAGUGAAUAGCCAGUGUCCAAGACAUUGUACUGCUCUCUACCAGCCCUCUUGAUUGCAAUUUAGGCUAUCUUGGUCAAACUGGGAUCUCUGGCAAGCCAAGGCUGCACUGGGAGAGGAGCUGUGGGCAGCCUAUUCAGAGGUGGGCCUCUGGCUGGCCUGUGCUCCCCUUCUGAGUGAUCACUAUGUGGUUAUUGCAGGGAAGGAUUUGCCCUCAAUGUGGUGAUUAAGUAUGUUACAGGAGAGGGAUCACUUUGUGGUGGAAACCUUGCAGCCUCUCCCACCUAUUUUAAGCAAGCAGCUGACUAAUAAUUACCCUUGCUGUAGUAACAGCACUGCCUGGUGCUUACAGAGCACUUGACAAGCACACUCAGAGUGAUGCUGUUAUCCCCAUGGUAUAAAUCGGAAAACAAAGGAAUAAACAAUUCAAAUGUGAAUAAAGUUAGUAACAGAGGUACAGUUGGGAUCAGGGGGUCUUGUGUGCAGAUUUUCUGGGGCUUUCAGGGCUGUGCCGCUCAUCAGUAUUGCUGGGUAUUGCAUAUGUUCAGUAACACUGGUGUAGCUGCUUACCUCUCCCAUGCAGGCUGGGACACUGUCCAGUCCCAGGCUUUGUAUUCUGUCUGCCUAAGUUCUUUCCCUAAAGGUUCAGUGCUUUUUCUAGGGAGAAGUCAGAGAUAAGGCUGAUGGGAGGGGAGCCCUGGCUUGCCAGCCAGAGGAGAAGCCUGAUGCUGGGUGGAGGAGCAUAUUGAGAGGAUGUGAUGCUCCUGGAGGGCAUCACUCUGGUGUGAUCAGAGGAAAAGCACUGAAAGCACAGCCUCUACUUUCCAUUUCAGGCAGUUAGUGACCAGUACCCUUCUGUGAGGCAAUGGGAGGUUUUAUACAAUCAGAGGGUCCAGCACUGAAAGCUGACAUUUUUGUGAUGGCAGGUAAUGUGAUAGGAAAAGAGGAUUUGCAUCCCUCCUUAGCAUACCUGAUGCUUCUGUGAUUUUUUUUUUUUUUCCCCACUUGUGCUUGCUUGUUAGAAAGCCACAAAUGAAUUCUUGCUCCUACAAGGCUUAAGGGGUCAGAGAAAGUAAUACAAAGCUGGUUUUCCCCUUUACACUGUCAUCACAUUAUCUCUGGCUGUUUUCCAGUUACAAGGUCUAUAUUAUGUGAUGCUGGAAGGGACAGAGAAAAGGACAGCCAGGGAGUGUAUCUGUUAUUCAGGCAGUUAGGAAAAUCACCCUGUGGCUUGUCAAUGCAGCACCAUUGAUCUAUUAUCAUCAAAAGCCACAAUAUCAGUCUUUACAAAACUAUUGUACUCAGGAGGUAGCCACAUCAGGUCUUCCUUUACUGUGCAUAUUGACAGCAAUAAAUAAAUAAAAGUUAUGCUGACACUA